AAACAGUAAAACGCAGUCGUUUCAUUACAAACGAACACAUCUUUGGAGGUAACGUCGUCUCGUUGGUGGUUAAGUCACUGUCCUUUCGCACCCUCGACGAGUCCGCCAUCUUCCAAACAAAAAACACUUCACUCUUUCUCUUCUCACCAAACAAAAUUCUUUAUUACAUUUAUAACAACCUCAUUCAUCUAACUCAUCUAUCUCAAUCAAAUUUAUCAAUUAAUGGACGCUUCUACCCUCUCCCGUAUUGGCCUCGCCGGCCUCGCCGUCAUGGGCCAAAACCUAGCCCUAAACAUCGCCGAGAAAGGCUUCCCUAUCUCCGUCUACAACCGCACCACCUCCAAAGUCGAUGAAACCGUAGAUCGAGCCCACCGUGAAGGCUCCCUCCCUCUCACCGGUCAAUACAGCCCCCGCGAGUUUGUUCUCUCUCUCCAACGGCCUAGAUCGGUUAUCAUCCUCGUCAAAGCCGGUGCUCCUGUUGAUCAAACAAUCGCCGCACUGUCGGACCAUAUGGAGCCUGGUGAUACUAUCAUCGACGGUGGUAACGAGUGGUACGAAAAUACUGAACGGAGGAUUCAGGAGGUUUCAGAGAAAGGUAUUCUUUAUCUCGGUAUGGGGGUUUCUGGAGGCGAAGAAGGUGCGAGGAACGGUCCGUCGCUUAUGCCGGGUGGAUCUUACCAGGCUUAUAGUAAUAUUCAGGAUAUUCUUGUGAAGGUUGCUGCUCAGGUUGAAGAUGGACCUUGUGUUACUUAUAUCGGUGAAGGAGGGAGUGGGAAUUUUGUUAAGAUGGUUCAUAAUGGGAUUGAGUAUGGUGAUAUGCAGCUUAUUUCUGAAGCUUAUGAUGUUUUGAAGCAUGUUGGUGGUUUGUCGAAUUCGGAGCUUGCUGAUAUUUUUGCUGAGUGGAAUAGCGGUGAGCUUGAGAGUUUUCUUAUUGAGAUUACUGCUGAUAUUUUCAAGGUGAAGGAUGAGGGUGGUGAUGGGUAUUUAGUGGAUAAGAUUUUGGAUAAAACUGGUAUGAAAGGUACUGGGAAAUGGACGGUUCAACAGGCGGCGGAGUUAUCGGUGGCGGCUCCGACUAUUGCGGCGUCGUUGGAUGGUAGGUUUUUGAGUGGAUUGAAGGAGGAGAGGGAGAAUGCUGCUGCGGUUUUGAAGGAAGCGGGGUUGAGUGAGGAAGUAGGGUUCGUGAGAAGUGGGAUUGAUAAGAAAAAGUUGAUUGAUGAUGUGAGACAAGCUUUGUAUGCUUCCAAGAUUUGUAGCUAUGCGCAAGGGAUGAAUUUGUUGAGAGCAAAGAGUAAUGAGCAAGGUUGGAACUUGAAUUUCGGUGAGUUAGCUAGGAUUUGGAAAGGUGGGUGUAUUAUACGGGCAGUGUUUUUGGAUAGGAUUAAGAAGGCUUAUCAGAGGAACCCUAAUUUGGCGAGUUUGAUAGUGGAUCCCGAAUUCGCUAAGGAAAUGGUGCAGAGACAAGGUGCGUGGAGAAGGGUUGUUGGAUUGGCUAUAUCGGCCGGAAUUAGUACUCCCGGAAUGUGUGCUAGUCUUUCGUACUUUGAUACAUAUAGGAGAGCAAGGCUUCCUGCUAACCUUGUUCAGGCUCAGAGGGACUUGUUUGGAGCUCAUACCUAUGAGCGUCUCGAUCGCCCCGGCGCGUUUCAUACCGAGUGGACGAAACUUGCUCGUCAGAGUGGUGCUGGCAUUCUUAAUUGAUCGUGUUGACGAUAUGUCUCUGUGUGGUUAGUUGUUGUUUCUUUGUUUGUUGGUUAAUGCAGACCAUUUGUAUGGCAACGGUAUGUUUUGUUUGAGGAUCUUUGGUUAGGCAGAACAUCUAUUGUUUCCUUAAUUAUGUAGCAGUUUUUUUUCUUUCUUUUUUUCAUUUAAACAAAUAAAAGAAAGGCUUUGUCAUUUGAGUUA